GAUAUCUAUAGCUGCAGCGCUGGAGUUUCCCGGAGUCUUCCACUGUGUUUCAUCUGUUCUGUCUACGUGAAAAGAGCGACUGCCUCUCAAUUGUUUGCCUGUUGAGACUCUUCCUCAGCCAUGGGAAAGCUCAACUUCACGGCUCUCCAGGUCCGGAGGACGGCCAUUGCACAGCAAAGGGCCGGGAAAACCCCAAAACUACCAUGCUGGAUUGAUAUUAUGGAGACAAUCCCCCCAUCGAGCGUGUUGGUGCGAAACCUACCACAACAGCAUCCUCUUACCAGAGAGAGAAUGAAGACGCUACCUGGAAAGACGGAGCCCCGGACCGUCAUCGAAACUCGUCCUACCCGCCGUACAAAAUCUAAGAAACCCAGUCGCAUGUUCCAACCGGUAAAAAUGGAGUUCGAGGAAGACCAGCUACGAAGAGAAUUUUAUCGUGACCACCCGUGGGAACUUGCGCGGCCGAGAGUGGUAUUGGAGAGCGACGGAAAGGACCACAUGCGGUAUAACUGGGAAAGCCUGCAACAGAACAGGAAACGUGUGGAUGGAGAAAGUGUUGUUCAGAGACAGUUGCAUCUUCUCAAUACGGUACCGGACAUCACCAAGGAGCAAGCCUACGAUAUUGCUCGCCGUGAAUUUUACAAACUUCGACUCCAAGAGGACGUUGAAAGGAGAAUUGCUCAAGAGGAGGCAAGAGCAACCGGUGCGUACUUUAGCUUAGACGCAAACACUAUCGGAAUGGAGCUCGAGAACCAAGAGUACGACCGCUGGAAGAAGUGGGCAGAGACUGAGAUUGUGCUGCAACAGAGCAGCAGGGCAGCUUUCGCUGGCACAGAGAUUACAGAGGCAGAGGCUGAAUCAUCUAUGGCCAGCAAUGACCUGAGUGCCCCAGAAUCCAAGUUACUGGAAUCUAUCAAACCACUUUAAUAGGUGAUGGCUAGAUUUAUGAUACGAUAGACGGCGGCAGGAGACGGUUUUGUAUAUUAUCACUGUUACUCUUUACCUUCAGCUCGUCAUUCCUUUUCUUUCCAAUACUUUUCCUUCACGAGUCAAGCCCCCGAAGCAACUGCCACAUAACUCCCUACCCCUCCCGUAUUCUCGAACUCGUCUGUAGUUUCAACUAUAUCUUCGCUCCACCGUCACCGUUAUUGAAACCGCGUCCAGUUUCAUUGCGCCGGAUCUCUUCUCGUCGGGGAACUUCCCCACGUCAUAUAGUUCUCGACGCCCUCUAACAGACGCAGGGCAGCAUCAGUUUCGUCUCACCAGCUCGCAUAAAAAAAGACGGUUCUUCAGCGCGAGAAGGAAAAAGAAAAAGGGCGGCGGCCUCGUCGUUUACUGUUGAAUCCAGGCUUGUUGUCUCCUGCUUCGUUUCUUCCACAGCGAGAAAAAAAAAUAUCACCUCGAACGCUGCUCAUCCUCACGUGAUGUGUACGUUUCAUCUUGCGCCAGAGACACGACGACGGCGACGUUGAUGACAAGCCACCAAACGAGCAGCCAAAGCAGUCCAGACG